GAGCCACAGAUCAGACGAAAAAGUGCUCAACUUAUUCACAUGAGUUUGUUAGGUUUUUUGCUAGCGUCGGGAGCAAUCGCGCUAACGGCUUUGUUGAUUUAUCUUCGGAAUCGUCAACAGUUCUGGGCCAAACGCAACUUUCCUUGUGCGCCAAAUCCACAUUUGAUCUACGGCCAUAGCAAGGGUCAGAUUACGGAAAAACAUGCGGUAGACAUCAACCGGAAACUUUAUCGGGAAUUCCGAGACCGGGGUCUCUCCUUCGGAGGCGUAAACUUCUUCAUGGUUCCAGCUGUUUUGAUCGUUGACCCCGAGAUGGUAAAAACUGUGCUGGUUCGCGACUUCCAUGUGUUCCACGAUCGAGGGAUUUACAGUGAUCCGGUAGCGGAUCCCCUAUCGGGUCACCUGUUUUUGCUGGAAGGCCAGGCGUGGAGAACUUUGCGUCAAAAGCUUACCCCAACCUUCACAUCGGGUCGCAUGAAAAGUAUGUUCGGUACCAUUGUGGAUGUGGCCAAUGAGCUUACUUCAUUCAUGGAAAACACAUACCAGGCCAAACCCGAGAUGGAGAUGAAGGAUGUGCUAGUACGGUUUACCACCGAUGUGAUCGGAACAUGUGCCUUCGGUAUCCGCUGCAAUACCCUGAAUAAUCCCGACUCGGAGUUUUUGAAAAACGGCGAAAAAGUGUUCGAGAUGAAAAUGACUAAUAUGGUGAAAUUCGUGUUUGCAUCGCUCUACAAAGACCUUGCUAGAAGCAUUGGAGUGAAGUUGAAUGACGUCGAAGUUGAGCGGUUCUUCAUGGGACUUGUUAAGGAUACCGUUAGCUUUCGGGAGACGAAUAACGUUCAACGCAAUGAUUUCCUAAACCUACUGAUUCAGCUAAAGAACAAAGGCUAUCUGGCGGAUCAUGCAGAGCAAUCUGAUAAGGAACCCGUCAAAUUAACCCUGAACGAGGUAGCCGCUCAGUGUUUUGUUUUCUUCAUUGCUGGAUUCGAAACCUCUUCUACAACGAUGAACUUUUGUCUGUACGAACUUGCGAUGAAUCCCGAUAUUCAGGAACGCUUGCGAUCCGAGAUCAAUGAAGCGAUCCAAUCAAACGGGGGUAAUAUAAACUACGAUCUAGUUAUGGGAAUCCAGUAUUUGGACAACGUCAUCAACGAAACCCUCCGUAAAUACCCUCCCUUGGAGAGUCUAAAUCGAGUUACGAAUCAAGACUACCGCAUUCCAAACACCAACCACGUCAUUCCGAAUCAAACUAUGAUCACUAUUCCGGUCCAUGCGAUUCAACACGACCCGAAUCACUACCCGGAUCCGGAACGGUUCGAUCCAGACCGGUUCCUGCCGGAAAACGUUAAAUCCCGGCAUCCGUACGUGUUCAUUCCGUUUGGUGAAGGUCCCCGAAUAUGCAUAGGGCUGCGGUUCGGGAUGAUGCAGGCUAAAAUGGGGCUGAUAACACUGCUGCGCGGCUUCAAAUUUAGCCCUUCGCCGAUGACCCCGCCGUCGAUUGUAUUCGAUAAAAAAGCUUUCGUGCUAUCGCCUCAGGGUGGAAAUCACUUGCGGGUCGAUAAGAUAUAGGCUGCCUUUAGAUAGCCAUGUUUGAAAAAUGUAUUCGAUUAAACCUGUCUGUGAUAAGGGUAGUGCACUUUCCAUUUACGGUUCACAUUUUGGAUUAAAGUAAUCUGAUGGAACCUUUGUUUUCAAAAUCAAAAUAACAAACAGUAUUCAUAUAUAUAAACACCAGACAAUGAUAAAUUACUAAAGAGUGUUUUUCUUUUAUUCAAAAUAAAAAACUUAAAAUAAUAUCAGGAGGACAAGGACAAAGCCUACAAUACAAUUAUAGAUAACAAAAAAAAAAUAGCGGCCUAAUAAGUUAUUAUAUGUUUAAAGCCAGAUUCUGCAAUUAAAAUAUUUAGUUAGGUCAAAUUUAUCUACAUUUCAAGUUGAACUUAUUUGGUACUUUGAUCUUACGGAGAAGGGGGACUUAUAUAAAAUAUAUUUUUCUUCAAAGUAAUUUGAUUUUUCUCAUGGUUUUUUUAUUUGAAAUCGUAACAAUGACAAUGAUAAUUUGAAAAUCUAUUAUUUUUAUCCUUUUAAUCCUAUUUAAUGAACAGUUUUUCCACUUAUCGGAUUGAAAUUUGAUCAAAUGAGCAACUUCAUAAGAACGAUCACUAAAAUUUUAUACUUUUAGAUUUGGUACGAGCAAACUUGAAAUUUUUCUAAAGAACAAGACAAGAACGUUACAUCGAAGAGCUCUUUUUAUGUAAUCUUUCAUUAUUAAAAUUAAAGUGCGUAAGAAAAUUUCAACUGAAAUGCAAAAAAGCUUACUAAUGGUAGUUUUUUUCUAGCAAUCCUGUUCUGCAGAGUGUUUUUUGUUUCAGUUUAAUGUACAAAUUUUUACCAUAAUUUGAUUUUUAAAAUGAGAAAACCAUGAAGCUGGCUUAAUUUUCACUUUAGUAACCAAACUAUUUGAAUCUUAUAGAAUGAAUAAGCCCAGAAAGUUUAAAAUCCAAAAAUUGCUAUGUGUGUGCAGUGUUGUUGAGGAAAUUAAAUUUAAUUCAUAACCCAUGUAUUGAGCCUGAAUUGGAAGGUAUAAUCUUGUCUGUUAGCUCGUAAAAGUGUUUUAAGCACUUUUGAAUUUCUGUUUUGAACAAAUAAAG